AUGGCUGCCGCUGUGAGCUUCUCCUACCGAAUACAGAUCCUCAUGCUCCUCCUCUGCUACUCGACAUGGUCUUCUCUGCACCUGCCUCGUGCUACCGCGCUUUCUUUUAUCUCCAACUUCGCCGAUCCCGACUACGACGCCCAAGACCUCAGUUUCCAGGGUGACGCAUACUACGACGCCCAGUCUCACAUGAUCCAACUGACAAGAAACGGCGAUGGUACAAGCGUCAAUAACAGCGUAGGCCGAGCGUUCCUUACGACGCCCAUGCCGUUGUGGGAUACCGUCACAGGCGAGCUCGCCCGCUUCACCACCUCCUUCACCUUCCAAAUCAAGGUAAACAAUGCAACCACUGGCGAUGGCUUGACAUUCUUCCUCGGGCGUUAUCCUUCGUCGAGCAUUCCCAAUGUCAUACGCGAUAUGGGCGGAGGGAACCUCGGCCUCUUCAACAAAAUCGCUGGCACGGUGGCGACCGGCGACGACCGAGCCGUGGCGGUUGAGUUUGACACCUUCAACGAUAAUUUCGACCCCAGUGGCAGCCACAUGGGCAUCGAUGUCAAUUCCAUUGUCUCGCAGGUGUACACCAACGCGACUGUGCCUGGCAAGAACCUAACAUCUGGCUUUCUGAUGAGUUGCCAGAUUAGCUACGGCAACGACACAAAAAUACUAGCGGCCGUUCUCCAGAUCGGCGACGUGACCUACCGUGUCAACACGAGUGUUGACCUGAGGCAGCUCUUGCCCAGUGUGGUGGCCAUCGGCUUCUCGGGUGCCACUGGGGAUGCCGUCGAGUUACACCAAAUAAUGUCCUGGUCAUUUAACUCCACCUUGGAUCUGCGGCCUGCGCCAGCGCCUGCACCGUCCGAGAUUCCACCGCCUGUGCCGAAGAGCCCCGAGAUCCCGGUGCCUACUCCCAAGAGCUCCAAGGUUCACCUGUGGAAGCUGCUAGUAGAGGUAACUGGACCAGUUAUUGCAGUUAUCGCAAUCGUGUGCAUCUUUGUUGGCGUCCACCGAUGGCAGCUAUGCAUGAGGAAGAAGCAAUGCAGAGCACUCGCCAGGGGCCUUGGACAUAUUGAUUAUCAUAAGCUGGCGCGUGCGACCAACAAUUUUGCCAAGGAAACCAGGCUCGGGCAAGGAGGUUCCGCCUUUGUUUAUAGGGGCCAACUGACAAGCUCAAGUAGACCGGUGGCAAUAAAGAGAUUCAAACUGGCGGCCUCCGGGCAAGGGAGGCAGGCGUUCGAGGACGAACUCAGGAUCGCCAGUCGCCUGAGACACCGGAACCUGGUCGAAUUGAUAGGUUGGUGCUACCACGACAAGAGGAACCCAAUUGAGUUUCUGUGCUGGUGGCGGAACGACAGGCACACACGUCUCUUUCUUGUGUAUGAGCUCUUGCCACAAGGUAGCCUUGAUCAACACCUACAUGGGGGCAACAGUUGGUUACCAUGGGACAAGAGGUAUGAGAUUAUCCUCAACCUAGGUUCUGCACUGCAAUACCUCCAUGUAGAUUGCGAGCAACAACAACAGUGUAUCGUACAUGGUGAUAUUAAGUCGAGCAACGUACUGCUUGACCCUUCGUACGGUGCCAAGUUAGGUGAUUUCGGAUUGGCAAGAUUUGUUGACCAUGAAACCGGGUCACAUACCACAGAUGUCUUACAGGGCACUUAUGGGUACAUAGACCCUGUGUUCAUCGACACGAGCAAACGGAAUAUGCAGUCAGACAUCUACAGUUUCGGCAUUGUCCUACUAGAGAUGGUCUCUGGAAAGGACCCAACGGUGCGUCUCCCUGAUAAGCCUCCACUAUCGUCAUGGGUAAGGAGUUUAUACCACGGGAAUGCGAUCUUGGAGGCCGUAGAUAGCAGGCUGAUAGGCGGCGAGUCCACUACUGGGCGACAGCAGAUGGAGCGCGUGCUACUUGUCGGACUCUUGUGCGUGCACCGAGACCCGAGCAGCCGUCCGUCCAUCACCCACACCAUGGAUGCCCUGAGAUCGGAUGAGCUGAAAUUGGACAUCACUCCCCUGGCACCGAUGACGCUCUCGCUGCCAUAG